GGGAAGAGGGACGACAGACCACCGCUAAGCUGUUUGGGAGCACCGCCACGUGCCACGGACAGAAAGGGAAAGAGAGUGGGGACAGGGGGGAAAGAGAGAGAAAGGGAGAGGGGAGAAGAGGAGGAGGUAGGCAGAGCUCACGAGUGCUUGGUGUGCAGGGCCCUGUUCCCUUCGCAGGAGAAGCUCCGGUUCCACGCUUUAAGCCACACAGGAGAAAAACCUUUUUACUGCUCACAACCACACUGUCCCAAGGCCUUCAGCUCCAAAUAUAAACUCUUCAGGCAUAUGGCCACACACUCUCCACAGAAGACCCAUCAGUGCUCGUUCUGUGAGAAAAUGUUCCACCGCAAGGAUCAUCUGAAGAAUCACCUGCAGACUCAUGAUCCCAACAAGGAGGCCUUCAAGUGUGAAGAGUGUGGGAAGCACUACAAUACCAAGCUGGGAUAUAAGCGCCAUGUGGCCAUGCACUCAGCCACAGCAGGAGAUCUCACCUGCAAAGUGUGUAUGCAGAGCUAUGAGAGCACACCAGUGCUCCUAGAGCACCUGAAGAGCCACUCGGGGAAAUCCUCAGGUGGUGCCAAGGAGAAAAAACACCCGUGUGAUCACUGUGAUCGCCGUUUUUACACACGAAAGGAUGUGAGACGACACAUGGUGGUGCAUACGGGCCGGAAGGACUUCCUGUGCCAGUACUGUGCUCAGCGCUUUGGAAGGAAGGACCAUCUGACACGUCACGUAAAAAAAAGUCACUCGCAAGAGCUGCUGAAGAUCAAGACAGAGCCACCUGAUAUGUUAGGUCUUUUAGCUUCUGGCUCACCACCUUGCUCAGUGAAAGAGGAGCUUAGCCCCAUGAUGUGCGGCAUGGGUGCCAACAAAGACCCCAUGAUGGGCAAACCAUUCCCCAGCGGUGCACCUUUUCCCAUGAGCAUGUACAACCCUCAUCAUCUCCAGGCCAUGUCUAAUUCUGGGGUUGGUCAUCCACAUCCCUCUUUGAUGCCCAGUUCGCUGUCUGCAGCUAUUGGCAUAGGCUGUCACAUAGAUUCGCCUGGACCUAUUCACCCACACUCCCAUCAUCACCACCAUCACCACCACCACCACCACCAUUCCCCUCCACUGCCCCCACAUCACCAGCCUCCGGCUCCCCAGCAGCAGCACCAACCCCAGCCGGCACCCAAAUACCAGCUGGGAUCUACCUCAUACCUGCUGGACAAGCCCUUGAAAGUGGAGAUGGAGAGUUUCCUCAUGGAUCUGCAGAGUGGCUUGCCAGGCCCAGUGCCCUCUACAGAGCCCCAUGCUGCUGCCUCGCCCCCAAAGGAUGGUCUGGAGCCCACUUCCAGCCUGGCGGAUGAGCUCUGCGGGGAUCCCCUCCUGUCCAAGAGCCCUGCAGUGAUCGCCGAGUCUCUGUGUGCUGCUAAUAUGGACUUCUCCCACCUGCUGGGUUUCUUACCCCUCAACUUGCCUCCCUACAGUGCCCCUGUGAGCACAGGAGGGCUGGUGAUGGGUUACACCUCAUCUGCAACCUCCUCCACUUCCUCCUCUUCCACCUCCUCGUCUCUGCAUGCUGCUGAGCCCCAUGCUGCAGCAGUGGCUGCAGCAGCCGUUGCCACAGCACCUCUUACCUCUUUGCAACCGCAACCUCAGGAGCAGCAGAGCUCCGGUGGGGGUCUAGGACUUGGAUCUCUGCACCCCCUCCCACCAGUGUUCAGCUCCAGCCUUAGUACUACAACACUGCCUCGCUUCCACCAGGCCUUCCAAUGAGAGAGUCCGCUUUCAGCCCAGCCCCGCCCAGCCAAGAUGGCCUCCACUGCAGCCUCUCUCCCCAGCAUAAUUAUAAAAGACGGAGGAAUGGAAUCGAUACACAGUUGAACACUUGGAAGCCUUGAGUGAAUGCACAAAAGCUUUGAAUGCCUUACAGGAAGUUAGACCCCUUUGAUCAAAAAGGUAAAGGCGAGCAAAGAAGCAGCUUUUAUUUGGGCUUUCUUUUUCUUAUAGUUAUAACAACGUAUUAACCCAUCUUAAAAAAACAAUAAAAAAUGAAAAAAAAAAUCAGUUUUCCACCCCUUUAAACCUCUAUUUAGUCAUAUAGAGGCCAGGCUCAGUAGGCCAAAAGUGUGGUACUGCAUACCUUCAAAAGUAAUAAUAUGAAAAAAAGGAGACAGUUUUUAGUGAAGAUUAUCUGUCUUGUUGUGACCCAUACCAAUAUAGUUUGAAGUGGAUAGCUUGUUUACUUUUUUUCUUUUCCAAAUGUAAGAAUGUGUCGCAUCUUGAGUUUUGAGCCACCCUUUCAUGAAUAGUAUAGAGAGAUCAGUGAAGGAAUAAAGAGAUAUUUCACUUUAAAGUCUAGACGGCUAGUCUAGAGCUGCAAAAACAAAAACAACAACAAAAAAAGAGAUUAAAAAGAAGCUACCCCUACUUGCCAGAAAGUGCUUUUCGAACAAAUCAGACAGUUGUCAUUAUUUUAACUGUAACUGUUGUGCAGCGACUCCUAGAGCCGCGCCAGUUUGAAUGAAAGUUGCUCACGAAAUGAGUCAACCUGUUUGCCAAACACAAAGAGCAGUCGCACACAUGGCUACACGCUGGCAAAGCGAAAAAGAAAGAAAUACGAGAGUGUGCCAGCUGGUGGAAAGUUUGAUAAUGUUGUGCUGCAUGUUACAUUUCCUCAAUAGAAGCACUUUUUGUUUUUUAAUAUAUUUUAGCAGAAGGCACUUCAAGUUUAGGGAAACCCUAAAGACUGACUCCUUCCUCGUGACCUCUUUCACUGCAGGCCACUUCUUGUCAUUUUUAAUUCUAAUCAUUUUUAUUUUUUCAGCCCAAUAUUAGAAGUGAUCUGCCUCAGAACCAGAUUCCAACUGGUUUCCUUCCUUCAACUGUCUUCCUUCUAACAGUAUCCUGUACUGAUGAUAUACGCUGCAGCUUUUUCCUGGCUGCCUUAUACAUAUAAUGCAUUGGCAGUGUAUAAAAUCUAUUUUUGAAUACAAUACAAACAGAUCUUUUAGGCAUUUUUUAAAGCAUCAUCAUGCUAACAAUGAACCCUGACAUAUGUGAAUGGCAAAAACAAGAAUUACAGUGACAGAUGAGGAAAAUGUGCUAAAGAAUGUUAUUGCAGUGUACGAAUAUCUCAAAAAUGAAUAUUAUAAUUGCUUUUAUCUCAGUAAAGGUGUAUUUUAGGUAGACUUAUUGAAACCAAGUGCUGAAGUUUUUAAUGUCUGGGAGGUUUACAUUUGUGUGUAUCUUGCAUUUUGACCGAAACAACAGAUGAAGUAUUAGCUUUCCUUUUCCUGUCAUAGCUGAUCUUUACUUGUAUUUCAGUUACCAGAAUCAGGACUGUGGAUGGAAAGUGUCUGUAAAUGGCAUCAUGAUCAAUAAGGAUCUACUGCGUUUGGGUUGUCAGGAUGCCAACAUGGUUGACCUAUGAAUUGGUGUGCACAUGGCCUUAAUCCAGUUGACCAUUUCACCUCUGUGGAAUGAAGUCCUGAGGGAUUUUCAGUCCUUUUGUAUCAAUUCACCAACAGCCUUUUGAAACCCAAAGUUACUCCCAGCCUCUAGAAAAAAAUGGGUUCUGUUAUCUGUGCCAUUUCAGUGAUCCAACCUCUUUACUGUGGCAUGACAUAUGGAAAAUCACAACUCCUAUUCCACACAUUAGCCUUUAUUUACUUAAUUAUUAGCAUCAUUAUUCAAAUAUGUACUCAUCAGCAUUUAUGAAAUGUUAUGGGGAUAUCAUCUGUCAUUAGAGGAAGAUGUCAUCAAUUUUGUUGAUGAGCUUUAAGCACAUCACUGGUGUUCUGUUUCAUAGAAGGGUGAUUAAAUUUGUCGCAAAUAUGCAUUCAAGUCUCAGUAUGUGUACUACAUACAGUACACAUCUGUUAAUUCAUGCAUAUAAUAUACACUCCUCACGCUUACCAAUAGUAAAUGUUUAAAAAUAUAAUUGCAUUUCAGACAGGGGUCAAGUGCAAAUGGGGAAGGUUUCACAGGCCGAAAACCUCUAUUACAAACAAGUAGCACUGUACUAUGUAAUUAAGCAACAUUUAAAGAUAGCUUUUAACAAAUAGGGUGUUCCUAUAGUAGCCACUGGAUCACAGCUUUUAGGGUGGUCAUUUUGGGAGACACACAGGCAACAAGAAAAUUAUUCACAUACCAGGACUGUUUUCAUCUGUAAAUUGAUGUAGAUGAAAUUCUGUAUCAUUUAAAAAAAGUGUGGCAAUAGAUGAUCUUAAUGCCUAUUUGACAGGAGGCACAAUUAAGCUCAAGCAAGGAGAAAUUGCCUGAUAUUAGGGGUAGCUGAUAUUAGCAGUUAGCUAGCUAGCAGGCUUGGUAGCCGGUGUCAAGCAGCAGUAUUAUAGGAAUGUGUGUCAUUGUCUCUGAACGCUACAAUAACAAAAACUACAACAACGGGUACUAACUGGUUUUGAUUAUUGUUUGCUGUGUGUUGUGUUGGUCUCCCAAAUGAUAGCCAUUUAAGAACACACUAUUAUGAGACAGCCUGAUAAAAACAGGCUAUUUUUAAGUAAAA